CCACAUCGGUCAUGGCAUUGCGGAGAAAUGGCGGAGGGCCACGAGAACGCCCGCGUCGCUCGUUCGUCUUCUCUCUUACCUCCCGCGCUCACCCAUCAGCCCCCACUUCCUCCUCAGCUUCUCUCAUCUGCCAUGGUGAGAUUGUUUGACGGUUUACACCGACCGAGUUUGCGAGUGAAUCACUCGUACCGCCUCUCGGCAUCUCACGCAACAACCGGAACCUCGAAAAAUCUGCCUCCGCCAUGAGUCCGCUUCCGGAUCUUACAAAACGCUGGGUUCAGGGGGAAGUGGUCCCCAAACCCAUGAACCCCGGCGAAUUGGUCCUCGAAGCAUGGGCAAUGGGCUACCUUGUGGGGUCGCUCGUCAUUAUGAGCUUCACCACUCUUGCGAACAUGCGAAGAGGUGUACUAUUGCACAAACUCAUCAUGGGUCUUUGGCAAGGCUUCUACCUCUUCUUCAACAGCCCUGUUCAUGCAUGGUGGCUGUCUGUAUCAGCUAUCUUUCUGAACGCGUCUUGGUCACUCCACAACGUCAUCGCCUGGAUGAAGAUCAAACCGUUCCUCUCGAGACCAGUCAGCUAUGUCUUCAUCGGGACCAUCAUCCUGGUACAACCCUACUGGAUAGCCGAGAUCUAUGCCAACUUUGCUUACUUCCAUGGCGUCAACACCAUCUUUCUGAGAACAAGGCCUUGGGAAGCAUUGUGUCGGGACCCUUGGUGGAUCAUCACCACCGUCUACCUGUUUUGGAUCAUCAAGACGCAGUACGAAAUGGGCCUAAAGGAGAUUCUCCGCAUCUCACCACGAUUUGCUAUCAUGCUGCUGGCCAUGAUCAUGUCAAUGGUAUUCAUACUUCUCGACAUUCUCUGCGUCACUGGUGCCAUUCGUUUUGUAGGACUGGCAACCGGUAUCAAUCCCUUCUGGAAACUCGCGUUCGUCUUCAAGUGCUUGACGGACUCAGUAGUGCUGGACGACUUCAAGAUGGCCCUGGACCGCCUGCGAGCCUUCAAGAUCAGUAGAUUGGGCAGCUUCUCAGGCGAUAUGAGUGACAGCCGCAACAGGAACAACGGAGAGCUUGUAGCUACCUGGGAAGAGAUGGAAAGAGAAGCGAACGCACUCCAGCAGGUCCGAAGUCCAGAUGGCGACUACAUCCACUCCAGCAACUUUCCAUUCAAGCCAAAGAGGCAUCGCAAACCAAGAGAUUCAAUUUUCUCUAACGAUCCCAUCGACUCAAAUGCUGGCAUGGCUCCAGAAGACAUCGUGCCCAGUGCAUUGGACGAUACUCCAAUGCGAACAUUGGAGCUUGCACAUACCGAUAACAGGAAGCCGCAACACCACUUCAUGGAUGAUCUGGACAGUCGAACGCGUGGCAUGACUGCAGAAGCAGAUUACGCCGCGGCAUUGCGAGAGGUCCAACGUAACAGCCGGACUUCUGUGCCAUCCAGCAGCAACUCUUCUGGACGAGCUGCACCGACUACACCAAAACAAAGCUGAGAGGGGCUCUCACAAUUGACGAUUUAGCGAUUGCAUGGUUGGCGUUCUGAUCAAAACACCGAACUUCGGUUUGCUUUAGUUCUAUAUACCCCUAUGGCACUGCUCAACUCUUAUGGCAUACUCCAUCAGUACUAGCACAUAUAUACUUACAGUAAUUUCAACGAGCCAGAGGCAUUCGCAUCUUCUUGGCGUCUUCCAC